AUGGCUUCAGUAACAGAUGCCAGAUACAGGCAGAAGGAUACUUCAGACCAAAAUUUUGAUUACAUGUUCAAGCUCCUGAUCAUUGGCAACAGCAGCGUGGGUAAAACAUCCUUCCUCUUCAGAUAUGCUGAUGACACUUUCACACCAGCCUUCGUUAGCACAGUAGGAAUUGACUUCAAAGUGAAAACAGUUUACAGAAAUGACAAGCGUGUGAAGCUGCAGAUUUGGGAUACAGCUGGACAAGAAAGAUACAGGACUAUCACUACAGCCUACUACCGAGGUGCCAUGGGCUUUGUCCUCAUGUAUGAUAUCACCAGUGAAGACUCCUUCAACGCAGUGCAGGACUGGGCCACACAAAUCAAGACUUACUCCUGGGACAAUGCACAAGUGAUCCUGGUUGGAAACAAAUGUGACAUGGAGGAUGACAGAACUGUUCCUGUGGAGAAGGGGAAACAUCUGGCAGAUCAGCUAGGUUUUGACUACUUUGAAGCCAGUGCCAAAGAAAACAUCAACGUGAGGCAGGUGUUUGAGCGCCUCGUGGAUAUCAUCUGUGAAAAGAUGUCGGAGAGUAUAGAAUCAGACAGUUCCAAGGGCACUUCUGGAAGGAGCAUGCGACUCACAGACAACCCACCCCCUUCCCAGCAGAACUGCUCGUGCUAGUGACCUUUCACACUGAGAAACGUCCUUCUCUCCCCUCCUGACUAAAUUUUAUCCUUUCAUUUGUGGUGGUGCAUUAUCAUGUAGUCCAAAGGCAGAAGUGUCUGUUGUAGGAAACUGGUAUGUUUGUUUAAUGUGCUAGAGUGUUGAUGUUCUAUAUUUUCUCAUCCAAUAAUUUAAAAAUCUGAAGAAAUAUUGUGAAUGUGU